CCUCCCUCAUCUCUUUCACUCCUCUGUUCUCUCUCUCAUUUUCCCCGUAAAAAGAAUGAAGAUAUCAGCAUCCUUAUUGCUUGCAUUUACCCUGCUGCUCAUUGGUUGUGCUUUUGGCCCCAACACUCUUGUUUCAGCUAAACGAGGUGCUCGACGUUAUGCUCAUGCCAAAAUCGCUUCUAAGCCCUUUGAAGGGUACCUCGAAAAUGGAAACUUCGAAGAGCAGCCGAAACCAACAUCCAUAAAGAAAACAGUCCUUGUAGGCCCACACGCGCUUCCCAAAUGGACCGUCAAAGGGUUAGUGGAGUACAUCUCGGGCGGGCCUCAACCUGGCGGGAUGUAUUAUGCGGUGGCUCAUGGCGUCCAUGCCGUGAAGCUCGGCAACGAGGCCACCAUUUCGCAAACAAUACCAGUUAAACCGGGUGUACUGUACGCACUGACAUUUGGUGCAUCGAGAACCUGUGCGCAAGAGGAGGUGUUGAGGGUAUCGGUGGGUACGCAGUCGGGGGACAUACCGUUGCAGACCUUGUACAGCAGCUUCGGCGACGAUGUUUAUGCUUGGGGUUUCAUUCCCAAAACCAAGUACGCCACCGUUGUAUUCCACAAUCCCGGCGUCCAAGAACAGCCCACCUGUGGUCCAUUGUUGGAUGCGGUUGCUAUUAAGGAGCUUGUCCGUCCAAGGCCUACCAGAGAUAAUUUGGUAAAGAACCAUGGCUUUGAAGAGGGACCUCAUCGCCUUGUAAAUUCCUCAAACGGUGUCUUGCUCCCUCCCCGACAAGAGGAUUUCACGUCCCCACUCCCAGGCUGGAUCAUCGAAUCACUUAAAGCAGUGAAGUUCAUCGAUUCGAAACACUUCAACGUCCCCAUCGGAUACACGGCGGUUGAGCUCGUCGCUGGGAGAGAAAGCGCCAUUGCUCAGAUUCUGAGGACCAUCCCGAACAAAACAUACAACAUGACGUUCAUCAUUGGAGACGCCCGGAACGGUUGCCACGGGGAAAUGAUGGUGGAGGCAUUCGCAGCCAAGCAUACGGCCAAGGUCCCCUUCACGUCUAGAGGGAAGGGCGAAUUCAGGGCUGCAGGCUUGACGUUCAAAGCAGAUUCGGCCAGGACAAGGAUUACAUUCUACAGCUCUUACUACCACACCAAGACCGAUGACUUCGGGUCUCUCUGCGGUCCUAUUUUGGAUGAAGUUCGGGUUUACCCGAUUGCCUAGAUCAGCACAUCAGGCAUUUAAUGUGUAAUUGAAGGGUCUUGUAAGAGUGUUGGUUGGUUUUAUGACUGUAUAUUUAGUUGU